GAGGAGGAGGCAGCAGCCCUUUCUUCACUCCUCAUCAUCAUGCUCUGAGACACACAGGAACACACAGGGACACACAGGGACACACAGGGACACACAGGGACACACAGGGACACACAGGGACACACAGGGACACCAGUCCAUCAUCCAGUCCUCUCCGGGUGCUGCGGUUCUCUCCUGUCCGGCUCAGGUUGGAGGGGCCCGGCUGCUCUCCGCCUGCGUGUCCGACCUGCUGCUGGAUGUUGUCGGGGAGGCAGGGCGGAUGAACAGCAUGGCGCUGGAGCCGGAGAAGGGUCAGCUGCGGCUGCAGGACGUGCUGAGCAGAACCGGGAACGAGGCAUGCGCUGACUGCGGUAAUCCAGAGCCAGAUUGGGCGUCGCUGACUUUGGGUGUGUUUGUUUGCCAGGCCUGCUCGCUCCUUCAUCGGAGCAUCCCUCACAUCAGCCGAGUCAAGUGUGUUCAGGACACGUGGGAGGACAGUGAGGUGGAGUUAAUGGCUGCGAUGGGAAACGGUGCAGCUAAAGCCAAAUAUGAGCAGAAGGUUCCUGCUUUCUACUACAGACCAACACACACAGACUGCAAGCUGCUGAGGGAGCAGUGGAUCAGAGCCAAGUAUGAAAGAAACGAUUUUGAGUUUAUGGAGAAGCAGGAGCCUUACUCUGCAGGGUACAGAGAGGGUUUUCUAUGGAAACGAGGACGAGACAACGGUCAGUUCUUCAGUCGAAAGUUUGUCCUGUCUGAGAGGGAGGGAGCUCUGAAAUACUUCAACAAGCAGGAUGCCAGAGAUCCAAAGGCGACAAUGAAGAUUGAAACCCUUAACGCCACUUUCCAGCCAGCUAAGAUUGGUAAUCCCUGUGGUCUGCAGAUUACCUACCUGAAAGACAACAGCACAAGAAACAUCUUUGUUUACCACAGUGAUGCUAAGGAGAUGGUGGACUGGUUCAACUCCAUCAGAGCAGCCAGGUUUCACUACCUGCAGGUGGCCUUUCCAGGAGCGAGUGAUGAGGAGCUGGUGCCCAAACUGACCCGAAACUUCAUGAAGGAAGGCUUCAUGGAAAAGACUGGUCCAAAGCACACAGAGGGCUUCAAGAAGAGGUGGUUCACAAUGGACGACAGGCGCCUCAUGUACUUCAAAGACCCUCUGGAUGCCUACGCUCGAGGCGAGGUGUUCAUAGGAAGCAAGGAGAACAGCUACACAGUCCUGGCUGGCCUGCCUCCAUCCACGCAGGGCUACCACUGGAACCAUGGCAUCACCAUCAUAACACCAGACAGGAAGUUCCUGUUCGCAUGCGAGACCGAGGCUGAGCAACGCGAUUGGAUAGCUGCUUUCCAAAGAGUCAUCAACCGCCCAAUGAGGCCGCAGGAAUACGCAGUGGAAGCUCAUUUUAAACACAAGCCUUGAAGCCUGCAGGAGGUCCGAACUCAACAAGACCGAGCCAGUCUGAGACCAGGGACUGCCUCUGCACUGCGGGACACACAAGACCUGAGCCAGGUCCAGCUGGGCUCAGGUUGGGCUCAGGUUGUGGGCAGGUGUUUUAGGACUGGGACAAGAUUAAAAAAAUAAUAAAAGCAUUGUUGUUGCGUAGAAAACUCUAAUGAGCCUUGUGGCAUGGGUAAAGACUAAAUGAUGUCAUCACUAGUGAGCCUACUGUACAUUUUUAUACAGAGACCCGUUCUGCUCUGCUUAGUGGAGGCCUGGGUUUAGUCUUGUGAAUGGUUCAUCCUGCCUGUAAUCUCAUGUAAUUAUGUCAUCUACAGUCAUUUCACUGGUUGCUGAGGAAAAUGAAUUCAUUGAAUGUACAGUGUUCUUGGUGGUGGCUGAAGAAUUGUGAGCAGUUCUUGGAAGACUUUGAGGUCAACCCUCUGGCACUGAUCAACCUGAACCUACAAAGUGCUUUAACAACAAAUAUACCUACAAACGUGACGCACAAACUCUCAGUGAACACCAUGGCUGUUAACAGGUGUGGAGCAGGCUGUUCAGCAUCAACCAGGCUUCGUCUAAAACUCUUCUUUCUCCACUUGAUUUGUACUGUUUAGCAUACUGAGUCAUUGUUCAGAGAAUUACUGCUGCUUUUAUUACGUGUAAUGUGACAGGAUUGUAAUUUCAGUAAUACUUGUAUAAGUGUUCAUUUAACUUUUGGAUCUUGUUUUAAAUACACAUUGUGUUGAUUCUGGCAUCGUUGUAAAAAUUGUUUUAUUAUAAAACUCCUUAGAUCCCCACAGAUCAACCA